CAUGUGUUCUUCGAUCAAUCUAUGGAAAUGGAGUGCGGGAAUCGUCAAUAUCCUUAUUCCCACAUGGAUCGCCGUCCAAGGAAGCGUCCGAGGUUAGGCUGGGACCUCUCUCAUACUCCAAAGGAGUCAGGACCUCAUGCAGGGGCGUCCUAAGGAACUAGGAAUUUUUGCAAUGGUGCCAUCCUACUCUGAUCUGUUUAUCUUUUCUAAAGGUGGUUGGAGAGCAAUGAUACAUUAGUUAAUGUCAUCUAUUAAACAAAUUGAUAUACUUUCGAUCGUCUAUGACUUCAGAAAGGUGGAUGCACUACGUAAUGUGGUUUGGUUGUCCAUAUGGUGCUGCUCACUCUGGUGUUUUUCUCAGAGCAGGUUUUUGGUCUGAUAAAACUGGAAGAUAAGCACUGGAAAUUAUAUUACUGACUUUUAUACUGCUAGGGAUUGAAUCCAUAGUGUACGAGUCUUACAAUAACAUCAAUUAGUUGAGAAUGGAAAUGAAAACUACCAUAUACGUACACAUUAAGCAUGCAGUGGUAACUGGUGAUCAAGUCUCUCUGACUUAUGUUAAGACUCAUUUUCAGUUUACUAAAUUAUGGUAAAUGGCAGAUGAUUCUGCUUCGUCAAACCGUUACAAGCCACUGCAUCUCAUAAAUUUGAAACGCUGAACUGUGUUAUCAAAUAAGCUCAUAUGUGUACAUGCAUGUGUGUGUAGGGUGUAGUUAUCAACAUUUACUUUUUUGGCUCAGUUUUCGUGAUGAGAUUGACCUCCUUGUUCUGCAGAAUACUGAAUACACAUGCUCAUUUGUUUAUUUACGUAUUAUUAUUCUUAAUAACUGCCAGAAAAUUUCUUUGGCUUUUUGUUAUUGAUAUGGACUCGUACUUUUCUUCUUUUUUUGGUGGUCAUGUUGAAAUACUAGCUAAUGAUCAUCUGGCAUUUAAAAUUUGCUUUCUGAUAUUGUUUCAGUAUAUUUGAGAGAAACAAAAAAAAAUUAGUGGGAAGGGAUAUUUUCUUUGAUAUUUCUCUGGCGGAGUGUGAAUGGAUGACUGUGUGUAGGCCCAAUCAGGAAUAUAUAAUGGGCAAGAUGUUGGAAAUGUGAAGAGCUUUGGACAUUCAAGGGUUGUCGCAGACCAUGCUAGUCUAUUCGUAAAAGGAUUGGCUCAAAAAGGCUCUCCCCCAUGGCGAGAUGAUGACAAAGAUGGACAUUACAUGUUUGAGCUCGGAGAGAAUUUAACUCUGCGCUAUAAGAUUCUGAGAAAAAUUGGUGAAGGUACCUUUGGCCAGGUUUUCGAAUGUUGGGAUAGGGAAGCAAAAGAGAUGGUUGCCAUAAAAGUUGUAAGAAGCAUUAAGAAAUAUCGUGAAGCAGCAAUGAUGGAAAUAGAUGUGCUUCAAUUGCUUGGAAGAUAUGAUAGAUGUGGCAGCCGUUGUGUUCAAAUACGGAACUGGUUUGACUAUCGUAAUCAUAUUUGUAUAGUCUUUGAGAAGCUUGGACCAAGCUUAUUCGAUUUUCUUCGGAAAAACAAUUACCGCUCCUUUCCGGUUGAUCUAGUCCGCGAGAUUGGCAGACAAUUGUUGGAAUGUGUAGCAUUUACGCAUGAUAUGCGCCUCAUUCAUACUGACUUGAAGCCUGAGAACAUACUUUUCAUUUCACCUGAUUAUGUGAAAGUACCUGACUACAAGGUCGGAUCUUGCUCACCAAGAGAUGGAUCUUGUUUUAAGAGAUUGCCAAAGUCAAGUGCUAUUAAGGUUAUUGAUUUUGGUAGCACAGCGUAUGAGCAUCAAGAACACAACUAUAUUGUAUCUACUAGGCAUUACCGUGCACCUGAGGUUAUUCUUGGUCUGGGAUGGAGCUAUCCUUGUGAUAUAUGGAGUGUUGGUUGUAUCUUGGUGGAACUAUGCUCUGGAGAAGCUUUGUUCCAGACACACGAGAACUUGGAGCACCUGGCCAUGAUGGAGAGGGUUUUAGGCCCCAUACCUGAACACAUGUUGAGAAGAGUAGACCGACAUGCUGAGAAGUAUGUCAAAAGAGGCAGAUUGGAUUGGCCGGAGGGUGCAACCUCCAGGGAUAGCAUUAAAGCUGUCAUGAAGCUACCCCGUCUUCAGAAUCUAGUAAUGCAUCACGUUGAUCAUUCCGCUGGAGAUCUCAUAGACCUCUUGCAAGGUCUCCUUAGAUAUGACCCUUCCAUGAGAAUGACAGCUCAUGAAGCCCUGAGGCACCCUUUCUUUACCAGAGAAUAUCUGCGGAGAUAUUAAGGAGAAUAUGCUUGGAUGCUUUAUCUAUACUGGGGACGUGUGUUUUCAGAUCCUUGGCGCGUGGCGUGGAGUGGGAUGAUUUGGUUUGGUUUGGCUUAUUAAUGGGGGCGAUGAUUAUCAUUCCACUUGUGUAAAUUAUCCAAUGCUGGGAGAAGAAAUCUUCUCGUUCGAGUUUUGUACCAUAUAUGCUGUUACAGCAGUUUUGCUCUUUGGACAUGGAAAUUCUGGAUUCAACUGUUUUCCUACGAUAUUGUAUACUUGUAUUGUAAAAAAUGUGAGCAACAUUCUUUUAACAAGUCACUGGUGUUGUGAAUAUAUAGUCUGUUGCAGUUA